AUGACUGGGGCCUUGGGAGUUGCUCUGUGGGAUGGUGGAGGGUCAGAGCUGGAGCUUAGGAGGUUGGAGGUGCCAGGGAUGCAAGGACCCCUAGAGGCAUCAGGGAGGAGAGGACAGAACACACAGAGGACCUCCUUCUCUUCCAGAUUUUUAAUUGCCCUCUCUCCUCACACAGUAGAUUAUUGUCUCUCCUAUGAACUGGUCAAGAGGCGGGGGCAUGGGCAUGGCCUGGCUACACAGUGACCCAACCUCUCUGUAUUCUGA